AAACGCUGCCGGAAGCGGUCAUUCCUUUUAGCUUGGUUUUAGUUCCGCUGUCUUUGUCCAUUUUUGACCAAUUUAAUUUAUUAUAUUAACGCGUGAAUAUACAUAUUAUUUUUAUAUAUAUAAGCACAUACGAACCUCAUUUUCUUGUAGCCAUCAACUGAAACUGUUCUCUGCUUUUUCGUCUACUGCUCUGUUCUCGGUCAGAAAACAGAGUAGGAAGACAGAAAAAGAAAUCAUAUUAUUGAAACACAACCCAUUAUAUAUAGAGAGAGAGAUUGCAUUGAGAGAUAAUCAGUGGGAAAUAUUCAUCAUCAAGUAAAGUUUCUUGCUUUGUAGUUUUUUCUACUCUGUAAGUUUGGAGUGUAAGUCUAAACUAGUUUUUUAAUUUCUACUACUUGUUUGUUGUUGUUCAUUGUGAUCAUCAUAAAAAAAAGCCAGUACGUGGGUCUAUCUUUUUGAUCAUCAAACUCAUCACUGACGACCACUACUCCACCUCUUUCACACAUUUAUCUAUAACGUAAUCCAUAAGCCAAAAACCAAACCCAAAAACAUAUAUUUCAAUAGAACAAAGUCGUGUCCUUUUCGCAAACUCAUUACACACACACAUAUACAUAUACAUAUAUAUAUAUAUAUACAAGUGUAGUGAACUUGGAGCUGUAAACCAAAAAAAUGGAGCAACUUUCAUCAACGACAAUCAUUCCUGAUGCGUUUCAAAGCGCUAGAAACGAUCUCACAGGCCAAAUAUCUUUGGUUUGGGAGCAAGCGAAGGCGCCUUUGAUCGUUCCCACGUUGAGGCUUUUGGUUUUCGUUUGUUUGGCCAUGUCUGUGAUGCUUUUCAUUGAGAAGGUUUAUAUGGGUGUUGUUAUUACGUUUGUUAAGCUAUUUAGACGAAGACCUGAGAAACGGUACAAAUGGGAGCCCAUUAGAGAUGAUGUUGAGCUUGGGAAUUCUGCUUAUCCCAUGGUUCUUGUUCAAAUACCAAUGUACAAUGAAAGAGAGGUUUAUCAACUUUCUAUUGGAGCUGCAUGUGGUCUUUCAUGGCCUUCUGAUAGGAUCAUAGUUCAAGUUCUUGAUGAUUCAACUGACCAAACCAUUAAGAGUUUGGUGGAGUUAGAAUGCCAAAGAUGGGCAAGCAAAGGAAUAAACAUAAAAUAUGAAAUAAGGGACAAUAGAAAUGGGUACAAAGCAGGAGCACUGAAAGAAGGAAUGAAACAUAGCUAUGUGAAACAGUGUGACUAUGUAGCCAUAUUUGAUGCUGACUUCCAACCUGAGCCUGACUAUCUCUGGCGCACUGUACCCUUCUUGCUCCACAACCCUGAAGUUGCUCUUGUCCAAGCUCGAUGGAAAUUUGUGAAUUCGGACGAAUGCUUAAUGACAAGGAUGCAAGAGAUGUCACUAGAUUACCAUUUCACUGUGGAACAAGAAGUGGGGUCUGCUGCAUAUGCCUUCUUUGGUUUCAAUGGAACUGCUGGUGUAUGGAGACUCUCAGCACUCAAUGAAGCCGGUGGAUGGAAGGAUCGGACGACUGUUGAGGACAUGGAUUUGGCUGUCCGAGCUAGUCUUCGAGGCUGGAAAUUUGUCUAUCUUUCAGAUCUCAAGGUGAAAAGUGAACUACCAAGUACCUUUAAAGCUUACAGGUAUCAACAGCACAGAUGGUCUUGUGGCCCUGCUAAUCUUUUCAAGAAGAUGGCCAUGGAGAUCAUAAGAACUAAGAAAGUUACCCCAUUGAAGAAGUUUCAUGUGCUAUACAGCUUUUUCUUUGUUCGAAAAAUUGUAGCUCAUCUUGUCACAUUCGUAUUUUACUGCAUCGUUUUGCCUGCAACUGUUUUAGCCCCUGAAGUUGUUGUCCCCAAGUGGGGUGCAGUGUACAUUCCUUCCAUCAUUACUCUCCUCAAUGCAGUUGGAACUCCAAGAUCAUUCCACCUUUUGAUAUUCUGGAUCCUCUUUGAGAAUGUCAUGUCCUUGCACCGGACUAAGGCCACUUUCAUCGGUUUGUUGGAGGCCGGGAGAGUAAACGAAUGGAUUGUAACAGACAAAUUGGGAGAUGCCCUUAAGACCAAAGCAUCUGUGAAGGCCUUUAAGAAACCUCGAUUUAAGAUUGGAGAAAGAAUUCAUGUCCUUGAGCUCAGUGUUGGAGCCUACCUCUUCUUUAUUGGCUGCUAUGAUCUUUCUGUUGGCAAGAAUGGCUACUUCAUUUUCCUAUUCCUCCAAGCUUUCGCCUUUUUCGUUGCUGGAGUUGGAUAUGUUGGAACAUUUGUCCCCAGCGCUUAGGUGGGAAGCUCAUUUUGGUGGUUGGAGAGUUGUUAUCAGCAGCAUUACACUACUAGUCAACAAUUCAUUCGUUUCAUGUAUAAAAAAGAAAAAGGAAAAAAAAAUUGUGAUAGUACAGUACCCUUUUGGGGAGAUUUUCUUUUCAUAUUAAUUUGUACUUGUGUUCAUAUAUUGUUCAAACAAGAGGUGGCCAUUCUUUUGUGUUA